AGAUGGGCCAAGCAGCUUGAUGCUCUACACGUCCUGAUGAUGCAGCAUUGGGUAUUGGAGCAAACCUUGAGAAAAAGAACCUUGAAACUUACAAGCCAGUUCUUGAGAAGAUAAGAAAAUAUGAGUUUGAGUGCGAAGAGGACUCAAAGAGUGAGAACCAAGACACUCAGAAAGAGUCCUUAAGAAGCACAGCAAGGGUAGUUUAUAAUUUAAACGAAAUUUUUAACACAGAUAUGGGUGAACAAAUGAUAAGAGAGUUCAAAUAAUUUUAUCUUCCUCGUGAAGCUACAUAACCAGGAGUAUAAAGUUGAGAUGACAAGGAGGAUAACUAAGAAGAAAAACUUCCAAGAGGAGCUUAAGACAUAUGAGCCUCUAAUACCCUCUCCGAUAGUUGAUAAAAUAUGGUGCUGUAUUAUAUCAAUGGGGAAUGCUUAUGAGAAAUUUUGAGAAUCUACCUUCGAUUCCUAUCUUCACAGAAAAGAUCCAAUGAGAGAGAACGCGACUAAUACAAGGGCUAAUUAUGCCUAUACAUACAAACUAUUGAAACAAUAUAAUGAAAUUAUUGACCCAGAUUAUCAAUUUUGGCCAGAUCUGGAUGUAGAGGACUAUGCUUUCGAACACAUAAAUUUUGUACAUGUAGAUAUUAACAGAGUCAGGGAGAUAGAUUUUUCAGGUGUAAACCCGCAAAUUAUGAGUGUGUCUCAGCAAAUGGCAAAUGCUAAUAAGUUAAGACAAAAACUUAUACAAAAAGGAGAGGGAGACUAUGACGAUAAGAUCUUGUUCGAAAGCAUGCAUGUCAAGACACCUCAAGGAGCAAAAUCCAUUCACAGAAUCUACAGAGGCAUUAAGAGAGCUAAUACGAAGUAUGAGGCAAUCCAGAAGCGACUUGUGCUAAAGUUCCUUAUCACCAAAGACACAGCAACUGUUUGGAUGGAAGAGUUUCACAAAUAUCUUAUUAUUGUCGCUUAUUUUGAUAAGGAUAUUGGGUCAAUGAUGCCAUCACAGACACUAAAGAUCGUGUGGGAGACUUAUAGAGAAUUUACACAGAAUUGGACCAACAUUUGCCAUAGUUUGUUGGAUAACAACGAUGAUGCUCCAAAAGAAGCGUUUAAAAUUUAUACAGACACCGGACCAUCACUCCCAUCACCUCCUAUCGAGGAGAAAUCUUUGCUCCUCUCAAAGGCUUAUGAGGAAAUGUUUAAAAAGGAACCUCCUGAGGAUAUAUGGCAACUAGAGUCAAGAGUUGACCAGAAGUUUAUUUGAAUUAAUCUCUUUAGAACGGAAUAUUUAAGCAAGAAGCCUUUUACAAAGAUCACUGACAUCAAGCUUCAGCACGACCCCAUGCACAACCUCUUGGAGUGGCAAAUAAAAACGCUUUAGUUCAUAAAUCAGU